CAGCGGCGCCCCGGGCGGAAGAGGCCAAGAGCUCGGGAGCGGAGGCGGCGGCGGCGGCAGCGGCUGCGGGGGUGCGCGAGCGGCCGCCUCUCCAUCCAGCCGUCCGUCCUUCAGUCACUCGUUCACCCUCCAUCAUGAGCACCAAGCAGGUCACGUGCCGGUAUUUCAUGCAUGGUGUGUGUCGUGAAGGGAGCCAGUGCUUGUUUUCACAUGACUUAUCGACAAGCAAACCAUCUACAAUCUGCAAGUUCUACCAGAAAGGCUGCUGUGCCUAUGGAUCUCGUUGCAGAUAUGACCACAUGAGGCCAGCAGCGACAGCCAGCAGUGGCGCAGCAGGGGCCGUGCCCCACAGCCUGCCUUCACCGAUUUUCCACAGUCCACAGCCUCAUCCUGAUGUGACUGCGUCUAUAAUGAAAAGCAGCUCACAGGAACCUGGCAAGCGCGAGAAGAGAACGCUGGUGCUUAGAGACCGGAAUCUGUGUGGCUUAACUGAAGAAAAGACCAAGCCCUGUGCCGUGAGUGACCUGGGAGGUUGCAGUGACUCAAACGAUAGCGUGGAGAUGAAGCCUCACUCCUACUUAGAAGCCAUCCGGAGUGGCCUGGAUGAUCUGGAAGCUGGGAGCUCUGACAGUCACGCACAGCAGCUGUGCCCCUAUGCAGCCGCCGGCGAGUGCCACUUUGGUGAUGCUUGUGUCUAUCUCCAUGGGGAUGUUUGUGAGAUCUGUAGGCUGCAAGUCCUGCAUCCUUUUGACUCAGAGCAAAGAAAGACACACGAGAAGCUCUGCAUGGCAACCUUUGAACACGACAUGGAGAAAGCCUUUGCUUUCCAGGCAAGUCAGGAGAAAGUAUGUAGCAUCUGCAUGGAGGUGGUCUAUGAGAAACCGUCAGCCUCGGAGAGGAGGUUUGGGAUCCUCUCCAACUGCAACCACACAUACUGUCUGUCCUGCAUCCGACAGUGGAGGUGCGCCAAGCAGUUUGAGAAUCCCAUCAUCAAGUCCUGUCCAGAAUGCCGGGUAAUAUCUGAAUUUGUAAUUCCAAGUGUGUACUGGGUUGAAGACCAGAAUAAGAAAAAUGAACUGAUUGAAGCAUUUAAGCAAGGAAUGGGGAAAAAGGCCUGUAAAUACUUUGAGCAGGGCAAGGGGACCUGCCCCUUUGGAGGAAAAUGCCUUUAUCUCCAUGCCUACCCAGAUGGGACAAGAGCUGAACCUGAGAAGCCUCGCAAACAGCUCAGUUCAGAAGGCACCGUAAGGUUCUUCAAUUCUGUCCGGCUUUGGGAUUUUAUUGAGGACAGAGAAAGCCGGCACAUCCCAGCUACUGAGGAAGAUGAUGUAACCGAACUCGGUGACCUUUUCAUGCACCUUUCAGGAGUGGAAGAGUCUGCCUCGAAUCCUUGAGAGUGAACUGAAGCCCCCUCCCCAGCCCACCCCCUUGCCAUACCAUACCAUACCAUACCAUACCAUAGCAUACCAUACCACACCAUACCCUAGGCUCUCUGCCGGACCAGGCCUGCGUAUUUAGAGAGGGUGUGCUGCAGAGUUUUACAUUUGCUGCAACAGUAGUUGAUGUGUCACUUGGAUUAAGUGAGGGUGUGUUAAACCUUUGUCUGAUCCAGUCUCCAUUAUUACAGCAAUGGAAACAUUGAAGGAUAUAAAAUAAAAAAUUAACAGAAGUAUAUGUAAUCUCCAUUUUCAUGGUUAACUAAUUCUUCAGUUACGUUAAGCCUCUUUUUGGCUGUCAGCUGAAGACCAGACUAGCUAAGGUUGGAGAGCAUCCUUUGAAGAUUAUCUACUAAGUCAUAGAGGGCUUGUGAGGCAGAGGAGGGCACCCACACUGAUAGAAUGACACAUGCUCCCUGCCUGGUGGGGAAAAACACAAGGGGGCAUCCACUUUGAUAGAAGAGUGACUCGCAACAAAACAUGCCUUUUUGGCUUUCUGCAUCCUUUUUGCUCUUCGUGGGUUAGUACACAUGAUGUACCCCCAUAAGCAAAACCCAAAUUUACAAAGUAUACAAUGAGGCAGAUUCUUUGCUUCCCUCCCUCUUGUGCCAUCUCUCUUCUCCCAGGCAUUUUAAAUUAUUUCAAUUUCAAAAAUCUGAUUUUACAUCUUUUCAGGCACAUGUGUCAUAGAAAAUAAAAUAUACCUGCAGUGUAAAAGCUUAAUUUGAGUUUGCCUAUUAAAGCUGUUUUGAUUUCUUAGGUAUGGUCAGUCCGUCUGAGCUUAUUUGGAGAGUAAUAUCUAUUUGAAUCUCACUCUAAUCAGAUUAGAGAGUCAGCUAGUCUCCCUCCUUUCAUGGUGCUAGAGUUUUGACUACAAAUGGCCACAUGGAUUCCAUUUUGGAAACAAAGAUGUGUUGUAAAGGGGCAACAUGUGUCGUAAAGGGGAGUAAAAGUCAAAAGGCAGGCCAUACCUUGCCUUCUUUUGUGAGAUGAAAAGCUUAGAAGGCAUUGAGCUCCCUAGCUAAAGAAGGAGGUCUAUCCAAGUUAAAUUCUGCUAACAUUGCACUAUUUAAAUCCAUACUGAAUCAGAGAAUUAGAAAGGCUGGUUAGUUACUAAAGCCAUAAAUGUUCUUCAUAGUAACAAAUCCCCACUUCUCAAGUUUUUUACCCAAUCCUUGAGGUCAGCAGUAUAAGUAUUUGAUAAUUUUGAUAGGAAUAGUCUCUCAUUUAUACUGCUGAGGAAAAAGAGGUUCCCAGAAGGUGGAACUCUAAGGUAUUCUUCUAAAGCCAACGUUAACACUGCCUGUCACUCAGAUCAUCUGCUCUUAAGUACAUCUAAAAGAGUCCAAAGUGCAAUAUUUAAAGGCAGUUCAGGAAACAUUUGCACUAAAGAGUUCCUACCAGGUGAAACUGCCUGCUGGUUUUAAAAUGUUAAUUUAUUAGUUUUUUAUUAUUUCCAUUAAAUAGGCUUUCCCCACGCGUACACUUUGGCUGGCUAUAUUCAUUUUCUAUACACCAGGAUAUUUUUUAAACCUGUGAAUCAGAGUAACAUUGUUGAACAUUGAAGGGACGGAAUUAUUAAGGAUCUGAAAGCUCUUUCUCUAAGUUUCCUCAGGAUUUGGCAUCACCAACAGUAGUAAAUACAGACCUAAAGCUGGUAGGAACCUUAGAUGGCAUCUAGUCGAGUCAUCUUCAUCUUCUAUAUAAGCAAACUGAGGACUACUGUCCAAGGUCACACAGAUAGAAAGAGUUAAGAUACAGACCCACUCAGACACUUAAGUUCAGCUUUCUACUCACUAGACCA